UGGGAGGGAGCGAAGGAGCGAGCGAGCAAGCCGGGCAUUUCUGCGCAGCUUCUGAGCGCCUCGGAGCCCGCCAGGGCGGCCACUGAACGCAAGGACGGAGAGACAGACAGACGGCUCCCGGAAGCCGCGCCGCCACCGCCAGGUUAGCAGGGCGUCGAGACCACGCAGGCUGUCGCCGCGUCCCGAGCCUCGAGUACUGGAGGACGUGCGUGGACGGAGCCACGAGCUUCGGCUCCUGUCUUUGCGGGUGCCUGGCUGAGGACGCCUUUCCCAGGGAGCCAGUGUGCAGAGGAGGGGCGUGCUGGUCACCAUGACAACAGAGACAGGCCCCGAUUCUGAGGUGAAGAAGGCACAGGAGGAGACUCCACAGCAGCCUGAGGCUGCUGCAGCUGUGAGCACCCCGGUGACCCCCGCAGGCCACAGCCAUCCGGAGACCAACUCCAAUGAGAAGCUUCUGCCCCAGCAGGACACGAGGCCUGCUGAACAGAGCCUAGAUAUGGAGGAUAAGGACUACUGUGAGGCCGAUGCCCUGUCGGAGAGGACCACGCCCAGUAAGGCCCAGAAGUCACCCCAGAAGAUUGCCAAGAAGUUCAAGAGUGCCAUCUGCCGAGUCACUCUGCUCGACGCCUCUGAGUAUGAGUGUGAGGUGGAGAAGCACGGCCGGGGGCAGGUGCUGUUUGACCUGGUCUGUGAACACCUCAACCUCCUGGAGAAGGACUACUUCGGUCUGACCUUCUGUGAUGCUGACAGCCAGAAGAAUUGGCUGGACCCCUCCAAGGAAAUUAAGAAGCAGAUCCGGAGCAGCCCCUGGAAUUUUGCCUUCACAGUCAAGUUCUACCCUCCUGACCCGGCCCAGCUGACAGAAGACAUCACAAGGUAUUACCUGUGCCUGCAGCUCAGGGCAGACAUCAUCACAGGCCGGCUGCCCUGCUCCUUUGUCACACAUGCCCUGCUGGGCUCCUAUGCCGUGCAGGCAGAGCUGGGUGACUACGAUGCAGAAGAGCACAUGGGUAACUAUGUCAGUGAGCUCCGCUUCGCCCCAAACCAGACCCGGGAGCUGGAGGAGAGGAUCAUGGAGCUGCACAAGACAUACAGGGGCAUGACGCCGGGAGAGGCGGAGAUCCACUUCCUGGAGAACGCCAAGAAGCUGUCCAUGUAUGGCGUUGAUUUGCACCAUGCUAAGGACUCUGAGGGCAUCGAUAUCAUGCUGGGUGUCUGCGCCAAUGGCCUGCUCAUUUACCGGGACCGUCUGAGAAUCAACCGUUUUGCCUGGCCCAAGAUUCUCAAGAUCUCCUACAAGAGGAGUAACUUCUACAUCAAGAUCCGGCCUGGAGAGUAUGAGCAGUUUGAGAGCACCAUCGGCUUCAAACUCCCUAACCACCGCUCAGCCAAGCGGUUGUGGAAGGUCUGCAUUGAGCACCAUACAUUCUUCCGGCUAGUGUCCCCAGAGCCCCCACCCAAGGGCUUUCUGGUGAUGGGCUCCAAGUUCCGGUACAGUGGGAGGACCCAAGCACAGACCCGCCAAGCUAGUGCUCUCAUCGACCGGCCUGCGCCCUUCUUUGAGCGUUCCUCCAGCAAGAGAUACACCAUGUCCCGCAGCCUUGAUGGAGCGGAGUUCUCCCGCCCCGCCUCAGUCAGUGAGAAUCAUGAUGCAGGGACUGACCGUGACAAACGGGAAGAUGAUGCUGAGUCAGGGGGACGGCGAUCAGAAGCUGAAGAAGGAGAGGUCAGGACCCCCACAAAGAUCAAGGAGCUGAAGCCGGAGCAGGAAACCACGCCAAGACACAAGCAGGAGUUCUUGGACAAGCCAGAGGAUGUCCUGUUGAAGCACCAGGCCAGCAUCAAUGAGCUCAAGAGGACCCUGAAGGAGCCCAACAGCAAACUGAUCCACCGGGAUCGAGACUGGGAGCGGGAGCGCAGGCUGCCCUCAUCACCCGCCUCCCCCUCCCCCAAGGGCACCCCUGAGAAAGCCAGUGAGAACAAAUCCGGAGAUGCGGGCAGGGAAGAGAAGAACUUCUUCAGCCGCUUAGCACCAACCCCCCCUGGGAAGGGGGAGCGCCUGAGAUUCGCCAGCCCUCUGGGCCCUCAGAGAGCAGGGCUGAGGGAGGGCUCGGAGGAGAAAGUCAAACCACCACGUCCUCGUGCCCCAGAGAGUGACACAGGAGAUGAGGACCAGGACCAGGAGAGGGAUGCUGUGUUCUUGAAGGACAACCACCUGGCCAUCGAGCGCAAGUGCUCCAGCAUAACGGUUAGCUCCACAUCCAGCCUGGAGGCUGAGGUGGACUUCACAGUUAUCGGCGACUACCACGGCAGCGCCUUUGAAGACUUCUCCCGAAGCCUCCCUGAGCUUGACCGUGAUAAGAGCGACUCUGAGACAGAAGGCCUGGUGUUCUCACGGGAUCUCAAGGGCCCCUCCAGCCAAGAGGAUGAGUCUGGGGGCAUCGAGGACAGCCCAGAUCGAGGGGCCUCCUCCACCCCAGAAAUGCCCCAGUUUGAGUCUGUGAAAGCAGAGACCAUGACCGUCAGCAGUCUGGCAAUCAGAAAGAAGAUUGAGCCAGAGGCCAUGCUGCAGAGCAGAGUCUCCGCCUCGGACAGCACCCAGGUUGAUGGGGGUGCCCCAGUGGGGAAAGACUUCAUGACGACUCCCCCCUGCAUCACCACAGAGACCAUCUCCACUACCAUGGAGAACAGUCUCAAGUCCGGGAAGGGGGCAGCUGCCAUGAUCCCAGGCCCACAGACGGUGGCCACGGAAAUCCGUUCUCUUUCACCGAUCAUCGGGAAAGAUGUCCUCACCAGCACCUACGGCGCCACUGCGGAAACCCUCUCAACCUCUACCACCACCCAUGUCACCAAAACUGUGAAGGGAGGCUUUUCCGAGACAAGGAUCGAGAAGCGGAUCAUCAUUACUGGGGAUGAAGAUGUUGAUCAAGACCAGGCCCUGGCUUUGGCCAUCAAGGAAGCCAAGCUACAGCAUCCAGACAUGCUGGUAACCAAAGCUGUUGUCUACAGAGAAACAGACCCAUCCCCGGAGGAGAGGGACAAGAAGCCACAGGAAUCCUGACCUCCGUGAAGAGAUGCUGGCGUGUCUGGUCCAACCCAAGCCAGAGAACCAUUAAGAAGGGGCCUUCAUUCUGGAUUCUCCGACAACACCAACAUCCCAGCUGCGACGUACUGUCACUGAUGAGAGACUGGGAAAGGAAAGCAUAUAUAUAUAGAUAUAUAUAGAUAUAGAUAUAUAUACAGGAAACACCGCGUCCUUGCACUGCUGCUGGGGCUGGCGGAGCAGUCAGCUGAUGGCAACAACCUUCAUUUCCUUUGCUGACGAAUUGAAUUGGUGGGAUUUUUUUUUUUUUUUCAGGAAAAUGUGUAACAAUCAUAAUCUCUUGCUCCCCCACCCUUUUCUCCUGCCAAACUACAAAAGCAGACCACAAUGAUUGUAGAUGUCCCCUGACCCCUGGCUGUACACACUCCAGGAUGGACGAGCACCCCGUUUGUUCUCCAGCCUCUCUGUUGCUCCCUCUAAUGCAAAGGAAGAAAAAAAUAAGAUCACGUAGCCAAGCAAGAGAAGUCACAGCAGCAAGACACACACAGUCAACUAUUUUCCAAGAAAGAAGGAAUGGAAGCCUCCCACUUGGAGGAGGGGAGGAACGCCCGAUUGUUAUUCUCUGGGUCUUGACACUGGGCUGCAAAACCCCCUCUCUGUUCCUCUGCCUCCCUGCUUCCCCCUUGACUUCUACUCAUCUUGUCUCCAUUUUCUGUCUCAGCUCCCUCCUGCCUCUCUCCCCCACCCUCCUCUUCUGUGGCCUGGUCCUGCUGAGGGCCACUGCAGAUGACUCUCGUUGGAAGAAAAAGAGACUACAAGAGCAAAAGGAAGCCAUGGGAAGGGAAGUAGACGUUGUAUGUUUCCGGUUUCUCAUGACGAAGGUGAUUUUAAGUUAUGUAUAUUACAUGUAACAGGAAACAAAUAUUAAAAUAAACUGUGCUGGUAAGUAUGCAGCUGACAUUUUCAAGUUAUAAUUACCUGACUGUGAUGUAUCCCAAGGUUCCUAGAUCUUGCCAAACUGGCCCAGCCGAGGACGCUGGACUCUGGGUGUGGCCGGCUCCCAGUAGGGCUGACAGAUUCAGUGUAGUGAAACUGUGUGUGGUGUUUGUAACUGGGUGAUUGGUGGGGAGCCUGGGGGGCACUUAGUGGAGAGGUAAGGGUUUGGCCAGAAGGAAGCAACACAGAUGUAGUCCCGAACAUGCCAGGCCAAGAUGCCUUCUCCCCGAGCAGUAGCUAUCAGGGCCUGGUCUGUGCUCAGGACCCUGCUGCUGAGGCCAUAGGCUAGUCCUACCUCCAGGGGCCUUGCUGUGGUUUUCAGUCCUCUCUUUCUGUUUUACGAUUACCAGGGUCUUUGUUUUGGUUUGUAUUCCGCCAUGUCUUGCCCUGCUCGUCACCGCCUUGUCACAGUGAGUCCCUGAUCUUAAGGGAGGUGGUACCCUGGCCGAGGCAGAACGCAAUGGCUCUAACCUGGUUUUCUGAAAUGCCCAGCCCGUCUUCCCCUCUGCUGCUUCCAUCUUGUGAACAAUGCUCUUCUUCCUGAGCUAAAGUGGCCAUGAUAAAGAGACCAUGAACACAGGGAAGGCCAUGAUAGGCCCAUACUGCGUUCCCAAAGGCCUCACCCAUCCCAGAACAAUAGCAGGUAUGAGGAAGUGUUGCCCACUGGCUCCAUCUGCAUUAAACCCUGGCUUGCACGACUGCUGUCGGUCAGUAUCCAAGCUCAGAAAUGGCCUUGAGAUGACAGGAGCCCUUGGAGAAAACCCUGCCACCAACUUGGCAUUGCACUCUGGCAUAUGCAAGCUUCUUCUGGCUUGUAUGCCACAAGAGAUGUCCCUUUCUAAGAGGAAAUGUCCCACAGAAGUCCCAUUUUACUUGCUAGCCCCACAAAGGCAGUUCGUAUAUUUAUUCAGUAAAUGUUUAUGGGUUGCCUGUUUGUGCCAUGCUCUGUUUUCAAGGUGGAAGGAGAAGCAUAAAAGGAAAUGGGGGGGGGCCUGGGAGGCCACUGGACAAGCCUGCCCCUAACCAUAGCUGGCUCAUUUCAGAACUUAUCCACUCCCUCCGUCUGAUAAGACAUUACCUGGAAAUGUAUCAGAGGGCCCAGGCUAGAUGUGCCCCCUGGGCUUGCUUAUUAGUUGCUCCUAUGAUGUCCACCUUACCUAUUUACAGGUGCUGACCUGACACGGGGCAAGAAGCUAGAGUAGCUUUUCUCUGUGGCAGCUGAGAAGUAGAGCCUGGCUCUUAGAUUGCAGAGUCCGCCAUAUACCCCUGGUGCAGGCUAGUAGGCCCACUCCAGGACAUUUUCUCUGCUCCAGGAUCUUUGUCCAUUGAUGGAGAAGUCACAGAACCUCCUGCCUGCCCUUUACAACAUGCAAGCUCCUGCUGCUUCUGAGCCAAGAGCAGGAAUGGCUCUAUCCCCUUGCAAUUGGGCUCAGGCCUCACCUGCUUCUGCAGGAACUCCCUGGCCUGUACAUCCUGGACAUACAUACCUCAGAGGGAGGAUCUUUGUUGGGAGGGUUGCACCUGCCCUAAAUGUGGGCUACAGGGCAAGGAUGAAAUGGCCCAACUUAGCUUGUGAGAUGUUAGAAUUUGGGUGAUACUCUAUGGAUGUUCUGACCUUCCCCUCUACCCCCAGAGAAGCAGUCAGCCCAGGGAGGAGGGGACUUGCAAAGCUAAAAUCUAGGGCACUGUUUCCUCCCCAUCCUCCAUUCCAUAGAGAAUAAGGAUUUUCAUUGUCUUGUCUGUCUGCAACCUAUUUUUCUUUUAAAGUUUGUGUGUAUGUGUCUCAUCUUCUCUGUGGCACCUCUCUAUCCAGGGGGCCAGGUAACAGGGUGGGAAAAGCCUCAGAGAGCAGUCAGAGUUCUGGGUGACCAUCAAUCAAGAUGCAGCUCCUAACUCACCAUGUGACAUUGGGCUACUCCAUCCCUCUGAACUAAAUGAGCAGGGCAAUCUAGUUGCAGCCUGAGCCUUUUUUUCCACUCUGUGUCUCAUGCACCUUCAUUUCCCAACUUUUGCUUUCUGUGGGUCUUUCCCAUGUGCGGGUACAGGGAGGGCCAGGACCUGUUUCAGUUUUUGAAUCCUGCAAGCACAUAUCAAGACUGGCCUGAGAUUGCAUGAGCAACAUCACUCUAAAUAUAUAUUUUUUUUCAAAAGCACCUUACCAACCAACUGCAAUGCUGUCCUGUUCCUUUUUGCUCACUCCCCUCUCUCGUUCCCCUCGGUCCCCCACCUCAGUGCUCCGUGCUGUAUGCGUGUGCUCUCUGUUCUUGUAUACUCAAUAAAAGUGAAAUAAAUGUGUUUGAUGCUGA